AUGGAGAAGUUAAGUGACUUGUCCAAACUGAAAAAGUUGGACGAAGACAGCUUGACGAAGCAACCAGAGGAAGUGUUCGAUGUCCUGGAGAAACUUAGAGAAGGGUCCCAUGGCAGCGUAUUCAAAGCUAUUCAUAAAGGAACGGGUCAAGUUGUGGAGAUCAAGCAAGUUCCUGUGGAGUCCGACCUGCAGGAGAUUAUCAAAGAAAUCUCCAUAAUGCAACAGUAUGACAGUCCUCACGUAGUGAAGUACUAUGGAAGAUACUUUAAGAACACAGACCUGUGGAUCAUCAUGGAAUGCUGUGGUGCUGGCUCUGUGUCGGAUAUCAUCCGAUUAUGAAGUAAAAUGCUGAUAGAAGAUUAAAUAGCCACAAUACUGCAAUCAAUACUUAAAGGACUGGAAUAUGUCCACUUUAUGGGGAAAAUGCACCGUGACAUCAAGGCCAGAAACAUCUUGUUAAACACUGAAGGCCACGCCAAGCUCGCAGACUUUGAAGUAGCCAGCCAGCUCACCAUGAGUCAAGAAACUUUUGCUCGUGACCAGUACCCCCUAAUUCCAACUUGCCACUGA